AUGUUCAAGAAAUUGAGCAUCGUACUUUCCGAAAUGAUAGGUAAAGAACUCCAGAAACUCCAAAUAACAGCUCCAACAGCAGUUGAAAAUGGUGCAAGUGCGCCAAAUACUUGUGGAAGACCAAAUCAAGCUGUUACAAAGCCCAUUUCACUGGAUUCUACCACUGGUGAAGUGAUGGUGCGAAAAUCCACAGGCAAAACCAAAAUCCGCAAGGGCCAAAGUACCGAAGAAUACGAGAGUCAAAGAGAGCAUUUUUUCGAAGUCGAGAAGGGCCCUGUGUGCACUCCCGAGGGUUGGAUGACCAAAGAAGGUCCACUGCCUCGACUGGAUAGCGAUCCAGAUUUCGAUAUCAAAUUGAAACAAACCCGGCAAAAGCUGACAAGCCAUUGCCAUUUGCUUUAUUAUAGAAAAAGCUAUGAAGAAUGCGCCCAGCUGUGCCAGGUUCUGAUAAGUCGAUUCGACGUUUUAGAGAACCGCAAAAAACUUGAGAAAGAAAUCCAAGAGUUAGCACACAUGCUUCAGCGCUGUAAAUCUAGCAUCUAG